UUACACGUAUUUGACACAGCAGUGGAAGGUAGAUCGAAUCCAUCCACGUACGGUUGGCGUUGCAGUUUCUUUCCGGAAGUAAACAAAUCCACGUUGACUGACACAUAGUGAAAUGGUGCAGACCAUUGUAACACAGAUUGAAGAUUUAGAGACAAAAAUCAGAGACUGUGAUUCCCGAUUACAAGUCAUUGAUGAUACCCUCCGACUAAAAGAGCUUCAAGAGGCUGAGCGACAGAGUUUACAUGAAGAGGAAAAACAGAUUAAAAAGAAGCUUACAGCAUAUGAGAGUAACUUGAAGGAACUUCGAAAAGAGAACAGGAAAACAAUGCUAAUGUCUGUGUGUUUGGUUGGAAUGAUGUAUUUACUUUAUAGCUGGCUGUGGGGAACUUGACUGUCUUUUAUAUUAGAUUAAUAUGCGAUAAUAUUCUUACAUCAAACAGUCAUUUUAUUGUCAUGCUUUUUACAUAUGUCUAUAUAAAGAAUAAGAAAUUCAGAAACUGUCUUUUCUUUAUUUACGAAACACAAUUUUUUAUUUAAACAGUUCAUGUACUAUAUCAUAUAUGGCUUUGAUGAUGCAUAGGGUAUACUGUAUAUCUUUGCUUUAUUUAUCCUUAGCUUAACUUUGAUAGGAAAAAUUGUGGUUAUACUUUGAAAACGUUCAGGGAUUGUCAUUUUUAACGGGGUUUUCCAAAGGAAAAAUCCAGUUAUUGAAAUGGGGAAAAUGGCUUAUAUUACGGAUAACUCCUGCAGUUUUUAAGAUAGGAAGUUGUUCUUUUGCAGAUCAAUUGUACAUGUAUUAGAGGUGCAUAUUGCUAGGAUUUUGAUUUCUGAUAAUUUAAAAAAAAAUACUAGCUGUUGAACUUACCUAGUCAUUUUUUGGCAAAAUAUUGUAUAUAGGGUACCCCUAUUGUAUGGAUAACUCCUCCUACAGUUUACAAGAUAGGAAGUUGUUCUUUUGCAGAUCAAUUGUACAUAUAUCAGAGGUAUGCAUAUUGCUAGGAUUUUGAUUUCUAAUAAUUUAUGGGGAAAAAAAUUUGACAAAAUUAUUGCACAUAGGGGUCUGAGUACUUCUCGAGAUUGAUAAGGUUCAUCAAUUCAGGGUUGACAAAUAGGUUAUGGAUACUUUUCACACAAAAGGAAACCUGGUUUGCCGUCACAUUGACAGCUUUUCUCUUGUUAUGUAUGAAACGGGUCUGAAACGAUAGUGAGCAAUUGUUUGUUUUGAAAUACCAUAUUUUAUAACCACAUCAGAGGACAUGUUGAAACACAGUCAACCUCUUAUUUAACUCUCUAUUUAUCAGUCUGUCUAUAAAAAUAAUCACUUGUUUACAUGUUUAUAAGUGAUGUUAUUUACUUGAUUGACCAAGUCACAAUUUAAAUUGUGAUAAUUGAAGCUCUCGUUAUUGUAUGACAACUACAUACAAUAGUCACCACAGUGGAUUCUUAAGUAUGUCAUGAGAUCCAUCAUAAUUGUAUAGAGUUAAAUGUUAUUUAUUCAACACGUAGCCUAAACAUAAUGCAAUAUAUUUCAUUGAAACAAUGAAAUAAAAUGUUUACAACAAUCUA